AUGAAGCUGGAGUUGUCUCGGAUAGUGCAGGGCUGUCGGCUGGGAGUUCUGACAGGGCUCGGGAAAACGGGACAGCAUUCCCUGGAGAUCCCGGGAUGUCUCCUCUACACGCGCUGUGCCACCGUCCCCCACCUUACACAGGACACACUGCAUACACUCAACAGUCUGCCCUCCGUCACUCAGAUCGCCGUGGAUACUCUCGCAGAGCACCAUGAAGUUCUGGCGGAAUUUAAAGAAGGAGUCCGAAAGUUCGCUGGUCUUCACGACACAGUUCUCUACUGUUCGCUCCACGACCCCGCGACCCCUUGCCCUCCAGGUCACAUCACUAAUAAGACGGUGUCAGUCUGGGGCAGCGGUGGGCGGAUCGAGCUCACGGCCCAGCGAUUCAUGGCUCUGCAGACGGUCCUCCGGCCCGACUGGUACCAGUGCAUGGCGGACGGAGAGACUUGGCCGACCAACACGUCCCGCAAGAGGGUCCGAAAGGCAGUGGACCGGACCCUGGCCCACCUGGACGAGUGUCUGCUACUGCAUCACAAAUCUCCGGAGCUGAAGGAGGCGGAAGUGUUCGGCGCGAUCGAAGGCGGAGAUAUUCUGGAGGAGAGGGUCCGGUCGGCCCGAGAGACAGCCAAGCGGCCCGUCGGGGGAUUCGUGCUGGACGGUUUCCGGUCCGACGCCAUGGAUCAAGAGGUCAGGGGUCAGCUGAUUGCAGCUGUGACUGCAGAGCUACCUGCAGAAAAACCCAGGUUGUUGCAGGGUGUAGGUCGUCCAGAUGAGGUCAUUUCCUGCGUGGAGGCCGGAGUGGACCUGUUUGAGAGCUUCUUCCCCUAUCAGGUGACGGAGAGAGGCUGUGCCCUUUGCUUCAGCUUCACCAUCAGCCCCGACCCUGAGGCUGCAGGUACACGUCGCUCUAAAGUGCUUGAAUCAAACGGAGAGAAGCCUGAUGCUGAUGCUGAUGCUGAUGCUGCUGCCAUCGAGGUGCCGGGAGAGAGCGGAGCCACCAGCCCUGAAAACAUGACACGUUUUGAGAUGGAUCUGAAAGAUAAGAAAUAUCGCGAGGACUUCAGGCCCCUGGUUGACGGCUGUACCUGCUACUGCUGCAAAAACCACAACAGGGCGUAUGUCCAUCAUCUUCUGGUGACCAAUGAGCUUUUAGCUGGGGUGUUGCUAAUGCUUCACAACACCGCGCACUAUCUGGGAUUCUUCAGCGCCCUGCGGGGGGCGCUAGUGAGCGACAGGCUCCAGGACUUCAAGAAGAGGGUGCUGCAGUAA